UUCUUCUAAUUAUUGUUUAUUAUAUAUUUCGAAUUGUGUACUAGGUACAGUAAAAAACUUAUUACCUCUCGAAGGUAAAGGGUUUUUCAAAAACUCCAUGUGGGAAGUAAUUAAUUUUUUUGAACAUAAAUCACCAAAAAACUCUCGUCGAUGAAUGAAGUGUUUGUUUCAACGAUGUGGCAGCUGUCAAAAUUAAGCCAUUACUGUCACUGCCAAAAAGUUUCAAUUUUGCCAGUUGAUUGGAGAAAAAAAUAAUUGGUGUCGUAACGAGUGUGGAAUUAUUGUUAUAAGUAGUGUCAUUAAGUUUUACCCGUAUAAUGGCACAAUUGAUAAAAGUUACCCUUCCUAAUUAUCUCUCCAAUUUACCAAUACCUGAUACUGCAGGAGGAUGGUUCCGUUUAAGCUUAAGAGAUUGGAUUUCAUUAAUACCUCCAUUUGCAUGUGUUGCUGGUGCUACUUACGUUUCCUACCUUGCAUUCUGCCCAAAAGCUAGAGCACCACCUUGUGGAAAAGUAAAUCCUAAAAUACUUAAAAACUCUCCUAAAGUAGUUGAUAUAAUAGAUGUUGAAGAUAUUACUGAAAAAGCAGUAUUUUGUCGAUGCUGGAGAUCUAAAAAUUGGCCAUAUUGUGAUGGAAGUCAUGGCACUUAUAAUAAAGAGAAUGAUGAUAAUGUUGGUCCUUUGAUUGUAAAAAAAGAAUGAAGUAAUUUGGGAUGUGUUAGGACAAAGUAAUAUAAUUGGAUUGAGAUGGGUAUGAAAAAUAGUACUAACAUUGUAGGUGUAAGCUAAAACUGGUUGAUAUUUAAUAAAACCUCUGUUUACUUGUU